AUGAUUGCCAUCUCUACAUUUGAACCAUUGAAUGGAGCUGCUCCUAUCCGGGAUGAUUCUUCAGUCAAUGAUGUCAAUAUGCGAUGUCAUGUCAAUCUUGCUGAGACUGACCUACGGUCAGUUGAUAUCAUCUUCCCAGAUAAUUCACAGAAUGCAAUGACAAAGGUGCAAGAAGGUGUAUGGGAAUACACCUUACAAGAUGUUCAUCCUAUCAACUCAGGUGUCUACACCUGCCGUGCUACAGCUAAUCCAAUACCCAGUGGUAGAGUGUUGGACAUCAGAAGGACCUUCGACUUAACUGUGACUGAUGUCAAUGAAUGUGACGAGAACUUGGAUAAUUGUCAUGAAUAUGCUACCUGUGCAAAUGACGUCGGUAAAUUCAACUGUACGUGUUUUCAUGGUUUCACCGGUAAUGGUGUUCAAUGCACAGGUAAAACUAAAUGA